AUGCAUCCGGCGUCUGUGGUGUACGUGUUUGCCGAUUCCGCUGCUUCCGACGGCAAAGCGUUCGAUCCAAAGCUAUCGUCAACCUCGCCCGAAAUGAUGGCUGUGCAGCGAACGUUGGCGUGGAGGAACCGUUUGGCAAUUUUCCUCUCUGAAACCGACUCCUCUCCAAUGGACUACUUCGGUGACUACUUCGAUGUAUUUCGCCGUCUUGUACGGGCAACGCAAGGAGAUCUGAUCGUGUUUGAGAAGACCAGCAUAACACAGGUAAUCGAUCGAUUACUUCCGUAUUACUACCAAAUGGAAAAUAUGGCGGCAUUGUACGGCGUGAAUCCACAGGAUGAUAUUGAUGUGGUUAUCAGAGCCGACUACCCUUUUCAAGUUGUAUACAUAUUGAUCACUUCUGAGAAUGCCACAGUGCCAGGAGUACUUGAUCAGAAUGGAAUUCAGCCAAAAACGGAAACUUCUGGGAAAUACUACAAACUGAUCCGAACAACUGCGACGGAGACGUCGGUCAUUACGGUGACUUCGAAAAAGCAGUCUAGCGUUAAUGUUCGAGUCUGGAUAAAUUCACCGAACACUGCAUUUGUUGGUUCGAGUUCGGAUCCAGCCGUUGACCUGAUCCGAACAACUGCGACGGAGACGUCGGUCAUUACGGUGACUUCGAAAAAGCAGUCUAGCGUUAAUGUUCGAGUCUGGAUAAAUUCACCGAACACUGCAUUUGUUGGUUCGAGUUCGGAUCCAGCCGUUGACGUCGGGAGUGCUGUUGCCAUUUCAGAGCUUCAAACCUUCACAACGGCUUAUGUGAGUGGCUUCACGUCCAUCAGCUCAUUAUCGUAUACCAUAUACGACCUCACCGGACAGCCAGGAGAAGUACUGAAAGCGAAUCUCAGCAGAGGUUCCGAAUGCACUUUUCCCUACAUAUUCCCAAGCGGCUCACAAGACAAGAACUCACUUUUUCGGACGGAACUAACAUUUUUCAUCGACUGGUUCCGGGGUUUUGUGCCCGACCUGAGCGGACCUACUUGUAACUGCACCUCGUUCUUCGAAGGUCCGAACUGCGGAACGCCUGUUUGCAUGAACGGGGGCGUGCAAGAACAGUUCCCCGGAAACGGUCGACAGCUCUGUGCAUGCCCGGUCGGUUACGGGGUGUCGUGCAAUGUGCCGUCGUCCAAUCAGUUCAGUGCGGAUCAGCGUUCGCUAGCGGUCGUCAUUCAAAGUACUUUCUCCCAAGCUGAGCUCAACAGCCAUAUCGGUUCCGGACUGAUGGCGCUUCUGAAGUUUAUGGGACAGGCAGAUGCGUUUGACGAGUACCUCGUCUCCACCUUCAACACCCUCACCAUACAA